AUGCAAUUCACCACCCUCAUCGCUGCCCUUGCCGUCUGCACUGGUGCCUUCGCCAGCCCUCUGUCCCAGCAGACCAACGCCCAAGCUUCUGCCCAGGCUGGUCAAGCCGCUCAAUGGGGACCUUUCGGCUGGGGUGGCUACCCUUACGGAGCCGGCGCUUACGGCUACCGGUACGGAUACGGUGGUGCUUACCCAUGGGGCUUUUAA